GCCGCCUUGGACGCAUUCUUUGCGCGAUUAAAUCCGCGCUCCGCGAGCCGCGAGCGCGACACAGUGCCCGCCGCGACACUGACCCCGGCCGCUGACCCACCGCGGCGACUCUUCCGUUGCUAGUGUUUACAUCGCUGGUAUAUUGUAUACCCUCGAGUGUGAUCUCUCGUGCCGCUAGUGUUCCGUGUCUGUGAUAUACGCUUGUUACAUUUAUUGUGGACCGGUGUGCAACAGUUUCCGAAGAAAGUGAACUCCCUUCGCUGGCCAAGGCGCGAGGAACUAUCUGUGGUACACAGAGUCCGCGUCUCGCCGCCGCUGAAGCUGCGUGUGUCGCGGCGGCGGUGAGCGACGAGCGGUGAGCGUUGACCGUUUGUGGUGAAGAGCGGUGAGAGUGCGCGCGGAGGGCGUGGGGGGGCGAUGGGGCGCGCGCGGCGGCGGGCGGGAUGGCGGUGAGCUGCCCCGAGGUGAUGUACGGCGCCUACUACCCCUACCUGUACGGCCGCGGCGCCGCGCGUUCCUUCCACCACGCGCCGCACUUCCAGUACGACCGGUUGAACGUGCAGAGUGCAGGCAAUGCAGCUGGCGAGUACGGCGGCGGCGGAGCGGUGUCCGCCAGCGGCGCUCCUGCGCUUAGCUCGGGUUCGGCCUCCUCCGGUGCGCAGUCGCCCGGUUCUCCACCGCACGCGCAUUCCCUGCCGUUGCCGCAGCAUGCACACGCUCACGCGCACCUCGCGCAUGCGCACAACCACCAACCUGCACAUCACUCUCCGCGAUUACGCACCAAGGAGGAGGACCUCUCCGCCCACGGUCGCGCUAGCGCUGAUGGUGGUGGGUCAUCAGAGUCGGAGGGAGAGUGUGGCGGAGGCGCACGCGCGCGUGCGCAGUACGUCAGUGCCAACUGCGUCGUGUUCACGCACUACUCCGGCGACGUGGCGGCCGUCGUCGACGAGCACUUCGCCCGCGCCUUGUCGCUCGACAAGCCCAAAGAGGGCGUGCCGAUGGCGUCACGAAACCUGCCCGCGUCGUUCUUCAACGCGGCGGCGGCGGGUCCCGCGUGCGCUGGACUCGACCUCUACGACUACGACCCCUGGCAUCAGCACUAUGCGGGGUAUGGUCACGCGGCGCACCGACACGCGGCCGAGUACCACGCGGCGGCGGCGCACCACAAUAUGGCGGCGGCGGGUUACGGCGGACUGCUGCUGGGCCGCAGCUCGCUGCACGCGCAGUACAAGCCGGUGGAUUGGCCGGCGCACGCGCACGCACACGCGCACGCUGCGCACGCUCACCACGCGCACGCGCACCACGCCUCGCCGCACCUCGACCCCGCUGCCUGCUCGCCGUACUCCUACCCGGCGCCGCCCGGUCUGGAGGCGCAGGUGCAGGACACGUCGAAGGACCUGUACUGGUUCUGAGGCUACGGCGCCGCUCGCUCCGACCGCUGAGGUUGUUAUCAGAGACAUUGUCCUAGCCGGAGGCUUCGUCAUCCGGGUACCUCUGCUACUUGGCGCCGCCUCCGUGGCCACCGGUAGUGCGACAGAUUUCGUGUGAACUGUGAUACAUCGGAACGACUGUGUGAGAAUACAGAAGACGAUAUUGCACGUGUGUCGGCCGGCGGGCGCUUGCAGACGGGAGACGAUCGCCGCGCGCUAAGUUAAAUAUGAGUAUCGUAGUAGGGACGACCUCGUGUGUUGUGUAUCGGAGCGGUCACGCUCUUAGUAUUACGAUCAUGUUUCAAACUUUGUAAAAUUGUAAAAUACGAAUGAUAACAUUCCGUUUGUUUUACAACGAGGUGUUUAUACUUUCCAGUACGCGAUUGUAGCCGCAAUGGAGUCACCGGCUACCGUCACCCGUAACUUGGGAUAAUUUCUGAAAUAAGUUUGUGAACAUGUUGUUGGGAACGGAGAUGAAACAAAGGAAUCGUAUUAACUCAUUCAACAUUCGUGGAACUCGCCCCACUCGCGAGGUAGAACAAGAGUCGCGACGCGGCGAACCGUGGCGCGAACGGCGGAUACCGGCUAUUACUAUUGUUACAUCGAGACCCGCCGCAGUUGCUCAGUUCCGAAGAGCACUCUGCUGCGUGGGAUGUUCUCGCACGAACGGCGUAUAAACAUAUCGAUGAUGAAUACUCGAUGAUUCGAUGAAUCUAGCCUGAAACCGAUCAAGUUAUGGUCUUUAUGAUAGAUCGUGAUUAAGCUCAACGAAAUCGAUAACAAAUAAGUCGGUCGUCGUCGUUGUCAAUCUUGUCACCUCUACUUAAAUAAAGAAUAAUAUUUAAGUGGAGGAGGAAUCAUUAUUUAGGUAUGCGUUACAACGAGGGUGCGGCGUUACAUCGCAUCGAGUGUUUUGUAAAUUGUAACUUCUAAAGACGGCAAUUAGCUCAGAUAAACACUCACCGCGGAUUCGGGUUGAGAUGACAAAACAAACAACCAAUGAUAACGAAACCAACGCAUUAAUUAUUACAAAGUUUCAAGUUUUGUUUUCAGAGUAAUUAACGAUGUAAUUAACUUAUUCCGCCUUACAUUUGCCUAAUUAUUUAGACAGUUGAAUGUUAGACCUCGUUUUAAAAUUGAUAGUGCUAUCGUUCUGCCGUCGACGACACGACACAACACGACACGACAUCUCGCGUGUAACGCAUUACAAAGCAGAGUUCAAUAACGAAUUCAUUCAAUUAACGUAAUCGUCUGUGAUAAUUCUGUUUGAGUCAACGCGUACUCCGUAAUACCGGCGGACCUCGCCGGGCCUCGCCGGGUUUUGCCGGGCCUCGUCCUUCAUACUUAGGUACCUAUUUAGCUUUAGACGAGUAAAUAAUAUUAGAUAGAAAACGUAUGUAAAUACAUACCGUAUAUAGUUUAUGGAUAGAUGAUUUAUGGAAAUUCCCUAUGUACGUACGUAGCGCGUAAGCUAAUGUAGGUGUAAAUACAUACAAUACAGACAACCUAAGGCACCGGCGCGCGGGCGGACUGCCCCGCGCGCCGCGUCGACACUUCGCCACACCCAACUACAAUAGUGUAACGCUUAUCGUUACUGACCGCUUCGCUGAAACACUUGCCUUUGCGAUUAUAUAAAAACUAAACAAUAGCUACGUAGCUAGAUGAAAGUACGAGAUACGAACUGCUAAGAAAUCUCCCGCUAAAUGAGUUACAAAUUGUUGCCGUAGAUUUAGUGAUUGGAAAAUGUUAUGUAAAUAAGUAAUGAUGUGAAUUGUAACUUCAUGAAUGAUAAACAGAAGGCUGGCCGUCAGCGGAAUUGAGAAAAAUGUAAUUGAUGUUUUAAAGAAUGUUAAAGAUUUUGUAAACUUGGAAUUUACGUUAUGGCCAGAAUGUAAACGUAGAUAGCUCUCGUAGCCGGGAUGUAUCCUACAUGUUAAUGUUAUACGUGUAACUACAUAUGUCCUACCUACCGGGGUAAGAACAACCAUCACCUUGAGGCUCAGUGCUAUUGUAACAUAUUGUGUUUAUUAUUAGGAACGAAGUAUAUUGUUGUAUUAUAUCGGUAUUAUUAAUUAAAAGUAUAAAUACGUAUGCUAAUAGGUACAUACAGUUACAUUGCUACUUACUUUUUUAACACAAAAAAGUCGUUAAGUCGUACCUGUUUGAAUUGUUUCAUUGAUAUGUAUAAAAUUUGUAAAUUAAUUGUCUCUACUUGUUUAUUGACUCAAUAUUGGUUUGUGACAUAAACUUUAUUGUAACCAGACUACCUAUGUGUCUAUAUAUGUAUAUCUCACUGAACCAAUGUUAAAUAAUACCCAGUUAUGUUUCAUGUAUUAGUUAGAGCAAUGAAACGCAUCGUGCAAUAAACAACCCUUUCAGCGAUUAAGUUAGUAGUUGUGCGCCGACCGCCGCGCCCCAUUAUCUCCGCAACAUUUUCCACUCCGUGCACCGGCCUUGUUCAUUUCACGGAUUAUUAGCGGCAGACAGCUUGUACCGCGCUGUACCUACAGCUGAUCGGAGACACACACGUACAUCUUAUGUUGUUCUAAAAUCUUAUGUCGUAUAACGUUUGCUCGGUCAGCAGCAGCGUGAACGUUUUUGUUUUGAAUAACACAAUCAAUUAAUGUCCGAUCGAAAUACAAUUGUAAAACGUGACGUAGCAGCUUCCGGUGCAAGGCAGUCGUCUGAAACGCCGGGUCGGCGUAUUAAUGACGACUGUGUCGCGAGUGUCGUUACGCGGCGUGACGCCCGCGAACCGCGACACUCGCAAGGUUAGUCUCGGGCUAUUUGUACACAUACACUUCGACCCGACUGCCACGUAUGAGAGGGCACUCGAUGCGGUAGUCCGCAUAAAGAGUUCGCAACUAUUGUAUUACUGCUACAGCACCCGCAGCGCGCUGCGAGGACCUCGUACCCUAAUCGUAAUGUAUCUAUAGAAUAUUGUAAAUAGCUUCGAGAGCAGGCUCAAUAAAUAUUAAUUAUAAAACUAUA